AUGCACAGGGUUUUUCUCAGCCUCUCUUUCUCUUUCUCUCUCCUCUCUCAAUGGAAAUCCUGUCCAGGGUUCGUUGUUGAUUUCUUAUGCUAUGGUCAAGUCCUAGUGCGGUUAGAUGAAGGGCAUCGAGAAUUUACGCUGAUUAGAAACAGCGGCCUUGAAUCUGAUAGAGAUCAGUGGUGGGUUUUUGGUUCCGGCCUUGAUUUUGUAGAUUCCGAUGCUUCUGAUUUUGAAACUGUUGAGACCCUUUUCGCUCUUGUGAUUGCCGCCGAUUGCAUUUCAGGACUUUUGUUCCCAAAUCUCUGA